AUGAAUAUACGUUUUCUGUAUAUAAUAUUCAUAUGUUUCUGUACGGUGUAUGCUAAUGAAGAAAAGAAGAAAUGUGAAGAAGUCACAGUGCACGAUAAACCACACAGAAAACAUGUUUUAAGUAUGGGUCUAAAUCGGCCAUACCAACUGGCUUUUGACAAGCAUCACAAUAAAUUAUUCUUUAGUCACAACGUCGGGAGUGACGAAGAAGAUGCUUUUGAAAUUGCAUACAUUGAAAAAGAUCAAAUGAUUCCCAAAGUUGUGAGUUCAGUGAAAAACGGAUUCGCAAUUGCAAUUGAUAAUAAAGAUGGAGUCAUCUAUUAUGGCGGCAGUGACGGAAUCUACAAAGAGCAUUUGAAGGAAAAGAACGCAACUAUACACGAGGUGUUGAAGGAACACAAUGUGUGGGACAUGUUUUUUAAACAUUCGUUAUAUUUCAUAACUUAUCCAUUGCAACACCUGUAUAAACUGAGUGAAAAGAAAGCGGAGCAUCAAAAAUAUAUCCACGAGAAAAUCUAUCAAUUCGUCAUUGAUGGAAACGAUGAUAUAUUUAUAACAAAUGAAACCGGAUUAUUUUUAAUCAAAAAUGGUACAGAGGAUCGGAUAUUUUACAAGGGUCCUAAAGUUUUCCGUGCGAUAGAGGUAAAUAAUAAAGGUGUAGCUUAUUUUUGUAGUAAAAAUGGAAUUUAUGUACCCAAUAAAAAAGAUCACACAUUGGACAUGAUAGCGCGAGUCAAACAUAUUUUUGGCUUGGCAUUUGACACUGAUGAUAAUAUUAUAUAUUCCGAUCCACACGAAAUUGUUAAAUUAUUGCCAGAAAAAUGCAAAUAA